AUGGAAAAAGCGGACAGGGCCGAGGUGCUGGGCUUCAAGCCACAAAAGGAGGUUCCUUACAACCGUAUCCUGCCAUACGCGGUCCAAUUGGACGCCGAAUCAAACGAAUUGCUUUCCGAAAUCAAAGGAAAUCUUGCCCGGGCCGUCGAGUUGAGAGACAUCAAGGUCGGUGCAAUUCACUGGGUAGGACAAUUGGCCAGAUACAUCCACCUUUAUGGCUUGAAAUUUUCCAAAGAAGACCAUAUUUAUUUUAUCAAACUUCUCUAUGAAUUGGUCCUCAUUCCUCACUACCAAUUUUCUCUGACACACAAGUUUGCCCAAACCAUCAACAAUUUACUCAAGAAGCACCAUCUUCUCUCUCCUGAUGAAUUGACACUUCCUUGGAAGCCAUUGUAUGAUUUCUGCCAAGAUGUAUUUGAUUCACACCAUGAAAUGUUUGGGUUGCACUUCUUUUCAAGCAAUAUUGACAGUAUCAUGAAAGACAUGAUUAGUAACUGCCGACCGCUCACAAACCUUUUGGUCUCCUUUCCAAAGAUUUUCAUCAAACGAUUACACAGAGAACGAGUUGCCUUGAAAUCUUGGAAGACACCAAUCCCUGAUUCUCACAAGUUAACUGAUGAAGAUGUGACACGAUUUGUAAAGAGCAUGCAACCUGUUGUGUUCAUGGCAAUGUUUAGCAAGUUUGGCAGCCAUGAUGCCUCUGUUGCCCUCAAGCACCUUGCCUCGAUGCGACCUGAGAUUAUUGUGCCUCCACUAUUAGAAAAAAUGUAUCCUGCAAUGGAAACAUUGACAGAACCUCAUAGGCUAAUUGCUUGCAUGACAUGUAUUGUUGGUGUGUGCCGUCCAAUGUUAAGGGCUAAGAAAUGGUACCCUGAAGGUCCCUUGCACAUUUUGCCCUUGCUCAACCUCUCCUUGCCUGGCAUUGAUUCAAAUGACUUUAAAAAAUCUGUGAUGACAUUCCAAAUGAUUUCCACAUUUGUUUCUUUGGUGCCACUUGUUGAUUGUUCAAAUGCUAUUCACUUACGAGAUGAUCUCACUGAAGUUGAAAAAGAGAUCUGCUCUGCUAGUGCACAGUUUGAAGAUUUUGUGCUGCAGUUCAUGCACAGGGGCUUUUCUCUGAUUGAGAACAAUGCCCAAGAAGAACAGCAUGGACAUACAAGUUCAGCACAGGACAACCUUAAUCCUGAACAGACAUUACUUGAAGUUGGUCUCUCGUCAACUUUUAAAUCAAUUCUUGAACAAUGCUCUACACCCAUUUUUGAGUCAGCCUUAUCCUGCCUCUUCAACUUUGUGAGCAAUACUUACUAUGAAACCCAUGUUGGGGGUAGGUUUGUGGCUAACCUUUGUAAAUCUGCUGUUAAGGUAAACACAGAAAAGUCUCUUCGCUUAUUUAUUCCCCACUUUACAGGCAACAUCCGGCGACUGAUUGCUGCUAAUGAAGAUUUGAAAAAUGAAGAAAAACUUGAUGUUGAGUUUCUUUGGAAUAUUCUCAUGUUAUCUCAAGUGGUACGUUCCCCAGGUCAAUAUCUGUUGGUUUACAAAGAAGAAUUGCUAGAGGUUUUGCUUGCAACUCUGGAAUUAAAAUGUGUUGAGGGCUAUGAACAUAGCACUAACAUCCUACGAUACCUGCUACGGUCUCUCACUAAUAUCUACCCACUGGACUAUAGGAAUGUCUCCUCAGAUAUUGACCAACCUAUCACUGAAUAUUUGGCCAUUAGAGACUGGGCUUAUACUUGCAAUGUUGACCAAAUUGAUAUCAAGUGGCACAUUCCUUCAGCUGAAGAAAUUCAAUUUGCCACAACCAUCUUGGAGAAAGUCUUGCAACCUCAACUUGAUGCCAUUAGCAAAAUCUCAGAAGGGAAUGAGAUUCCCAGGGAGGAUCUGUUGCGACGACUGUGCAUCAUCCUUGAGUGCUUAUUAGGAGCAGGAGCCAUGUUAAAUGUUCUGAGUGAUGAACCUCAUCAAAUAGUGGAUUCUGAAGUGGAUCUCAAGUAUUUUGGUUGUGUUGCUUCCAUCAGUGAAGGAAUUUUGUUAAAUGGUAAAUGUGUGCGUCAAGCUAUUGUGGAUGCUAUCCGACCUCUACUCAACUACCUGUUAACUCACAGUGAAGAUGACACUAAAAGUCUACACAAAAUAAUCCUAAUCUAUGACUGUUUGAUCUUCUUUCACGGAACUCUGAAGAAAGACUUUGAUACACGCUGGAAGAACUUUCACUUGGUAAAAAAUGUUCUUGAAGACAAGUUGGCUGGCCAUAAAACUAAUGUUCGAGCAUUGCUGGUUGAUAGAGUUCUUUUGCAACAUGAGUUGCGAAUGUUGUUAAGUGCAAAGAAGAAGUUCACCAAGGUCCACAAGUUGUUGCUGCAUGACCUCCUGGCCCUUUCUACCAGCCGAUACAGUGGGGUGAGGAAAAAAGGCCAAACAAUGUUGUUCCAUGUCUUCCUGAAUUUCCAGUACAGUUAUAUGUUGUUGCUGCCUGAAAUUGUCAAGAACCUUACUGACCCUACUGUCCCUGAACACAAAUUCAAGAGUUCUUUGUACAUAAUGAAAGGUAAUGGCUCAAAGGCACUAAUUGUCAAACGUCAGUGGAAUGUACUCGGUCAGUUAUGGCCUGCCUUGGUAAAGGCACAACACUCAGAGGAACUGUCAAUCUUGAAGGUUAUAGAUGAUAUCAAUUCUGCAGUGACAAAAUAUUUUGAGACACCUGCCAUCAAAAUAGUGACUCCUGUAAGUUGCAUUGAGAAAGCACAGGAUCUGUUGAAGUCAUCCAGUUAUCCAAAACCUAAAUAUGUUUUGGCAAAUGAUGAAGAAAUGGAAUUGAAACUUAAACAGGAAACUGCCAGAAAUGAAAAAUUUACAGAAAUGUACAAAGAAUUGGUGAAUGAUUUAGUGACUUUAGUGGAAAAAGGCGACCUUUCAUGGAAAUUCCGUCAACUUGGGAUUGAUUUAUUAACCUUACUCUUGCGCCAUGACCACAUGAUGCCCGUCUGUGCUGUGAACAUGUUCCUCAAGAAUGCAAUUGAUGAUUCAAUUUAUGUUCGUCUGAUUUGCAUAUCUUCCUUAAUGGCUGUGUUUGAGCAACUGAAACGUAAACAUAAAGUAGUCGAUGCUGAUUUGGAAGCCUUAACUGGCUGUUUACCACUCUCUUCUUCUGAUUCCAAAUGUCUGCCAGGAAAACGUAAUGACAAUACUUGGCAUCAAUUUAGAUCUGAAAGUCUACCACGUACCAAAGAAGCUUGGGAAAAGUGUACAUUUGUUGAAAAAACCCAUUGGGGAUUUUACUGCUGGCCACAGCCACUUUCUGUGUAUGCUCCGUACAGUGAGCAACCCCAAGUAGCCCGUGAUCGCUCUGAACUGAAUGAGUCAGAAAAGCUCGUAUAUGAUCGGUAUUCCACCAAAGAGUAUGUUGACAAAUUUGUCUCUCUCGUGGCUUUGGAGGAACAAAAAGGCAGAGAUAAAUUCCGACACAGACAAGUUUAUUUUUUCAAGGGUCUUUUUAGAAAUUUUGGCGACACAUUUCUUGAAGUGUUUAAACCUCAAGUUGAAAAAUUGUUGGCUGAAACCAACCCUAUUAUCCAAGAAACACAUCACAGAUGUGCCUUGGAGAUUCUGGCAGGAAUGAUCCGUGGAUCAAAACACUGGCCAUUUGAAAAGGUUGAUAAUCUGUGGAGUUGGGCCAGUAAAGUAUUGCGUAAACAUUUGAACAACAUCAGUGUGGAAACUUUGGAUGAUUGGGGACAGCUUUUUACAUUGAUAUGUGAAAGCCGUGACCCUCGUAAAUUAUUCUGGGUAUUUGAUAUUCUUAUGGACAAUCCACUGAAUGGAGAUGGUGGCUCUUUUGGAGAUUCCAGCCGAUUGUAUGUUCUCCAAAUGGCACUGAUAACACAAGAGUGGAGGGUGACGGAACUGCUUGAAAAUAUCCUCAGUUACUUGGAGCCUCAUCUAGACCACCCUUAUAAAAAUGUUAGGGACCGCAUAGGCAGUUUGCUCUGCUAUAUUUUCCUCUAUGAUUAUGAAAUGCACCCUGAUAGUCAGUCUUUCUUACCCUUGCGGAAGAUGUUUGUGUGUAAAGUGUUGGCUGAAUUGGAGCCACUCAAAAACUUAUCAUCUGAAGACUCUUCAAAAGAUGUGGAUAUUUCCUCAACCCCAAAUGGCUAUGUAGCAGAAGCUGGGAAACAACUAAUCAGUGGAAGUUCUCAAGACAGUGAUGAAGAAUCAGAAGAGAAAAAAAGAUUAAUACGUUUGUGUAAAACAGUUGUCAAAUGGUUGGUGUUAAGUGUUAGUAAAAUGUUGAAUCCAGCAUCAGAGGAAAUCUAUGGCUUCCUGCCUAUUUUGUGCAGUCUUGUGAGCCAAUCUCAGGAAGAGGAGUUACGGAAGGAAUGCCUUCAUGCCUUGGCCAAUCUUGCCCAGGCCAAUAUUCCCAUCAAUGUUAUCCCAGUUGCCAUGCAGAGGGUGCAAGAGGUGACCACAUUGCCUUCUUGGAAUGCAAAAUCUGCUGUGCUUAGUUUUUUGCAAGCAAUGGUCUUCAACAAUUUCUUUGUUCUGCACAAACCUUUGUAUGUGCGACAAAUCCGUUCCUUGCUCAUGUUGCUAAUCUGUAAUGAACGACUUGAGGUCAGACAGUCAGCAGCUGACACAUUAAGUGGUCUUUUGCAUUGUGGCUUUUUGGAAAUGGAUAGUGAAUUAUUGUCAAUAUUUGAGCGUCUAAGUAGCACCAAGCUUGGAGUAAAGGACAGUAGUUUUGGCAAACCCAUGGAGGAAGCUGUCUUGCAGCGUUUGAUCCAUCGUCAUGCUGGUGUGCUUGGCCUAUGUGCCUGCAUUGAAGCUUAUCCAUAUGAAGUGCCCCAAUUUAUGCCGCAGCUUCUUGUUGACAUCAGCACGCAUGUUAAUGAUUUGCAGCCCAUUCAGAUGACAAUCUUCUGGUCUCGCCUAAUUAUUAUGCAUAAAAACCACACACUUCAGUGGGGAUUUUCUCUCCCAAAAUAUGGUGAUAUCAUUUCCCGCUCCAUUGCCAUUGAUAGUUUGGAUAGGAAGCAGUCUUCCCCCUAA